AUGACCGUAGCCGGCGUUGCCAAGUCUGUGUACAGCGAGGGGUGGGAACGGGCCAUGAGUGAAGAAUUUGAAGGGCACUUGGGCACGGGGACGUUUUCAUUCGUAGACGGCGCGCCAGAGGGGCGCAGGCCUGUGAGCUCCAGGUGGUGUUUUAGUUGGAAGACCAACAAGGAAGGCAAGGUAGAAAAUUUCAAAGCGCGUCUGGUUGCUAGGGGAUUUUCGCAAAUCCCGAACGUUGAUUAUUUCCAUUCGUCUUCCCCUGGCCCAUCAUCCGCAUCCAUCAAACUGAUGCUUGCGGUAGCAGACGAGAAGGGCAUUAACCUCAAUCACUGGGAUGUGAAGCAGGCGCAGUGGGGGUACCACGCUGCUGAUACGCUAGUCGAGAACGGGUUCGAGCAAUGCAAGGCGGACCCGUGUGUUUUCCGCAAGAUGGUAGACGAAGUCGUGGUGAUGAUUAUCGUGAUUUAUGUGGAUGACAUUUUGGUGGCUGGGUCUGACGAGGAUUGCGAGGAGUUGCUUGCUUCUCUCAACAAGAAAUUUCCCACCAAAAACCUUGGAGAGUGUCAAUGGUUUGAUGGGUGUGCCAUCGAGCGAGAUGUAGAGGCUGGGACUCUUAGAAUCUCCCAAACCGCGUAUAUCGACAGCAUGGUUGAACGCUUCGAUGUGCAAUCAACUUCCCGCAUCCCCGCUACCCCUGGUGCCGAUCUAGGGCCGCAGCGAGAGGAUGAGGAGGGAGGGGAGUGGCCGGUGAGGGAGGCCAUCGGCAGCAUGAUGUGGGUGUCGACUUUCUCGCGUCCAGACGUCUCGUUCGCCGUGCGUGCGGUAGCGCGCCACGCCCACGCCCCGGCGAAGCGGCACUGGGAUGCCAUACAGAAGAUCCUCGGCUACCUGAAAGGGACGAGGGACCUCGGCAUCACCUACCAACGGGGAUCGGGGUUAGGGCUGGCCGUGUACGUAGACGCUAGCUACGCCGACACGGAGGAUAGGCGUUCGGUGUCAGGGUUGGCGACGACGGUUGGAGGUACCGUAGUCAGCCAUGGUAGCAAGACGCAGAGUAUCGUGUCUUUGUCUUCAACGGAAGCCGAGUACAUUGCUGCCGGGGAGGGCGUCAAGGAGUCGUUGUUUGUGCGUGCUGUGCUUUCGUUUGUUGCCCCAGAGACCAGAGGUCGCACGAAGCACAUCGACGUGAGGUUUCAUUUCAUCCGCGGAUUGUUUAGGUCGGGGGAUAUUACGGUCAAGUUUAAUCCGACAACGGAGCAACACGCGGACCUCCUUACCAACGCCCUUAGCAGGGCCAGCCUGCAGUACCACCGGCGAAAGCUGAUGGAUUUGCCGGAGUAG